GUCAGUCAGACAGUCAUCUCAGCAAGAACACACACACUCACUUCAUCGUCGUUGUCGCCGUCGUCGACGACGACGAACAUGCAGUCCGGCGAGAAGCCGGCGGCGGCGGCGGAGGUGCGGGUGCUGGGGAGCUGAGCGAGCCCGUUCGUGAUGCGGGUGAUGGUGGCGCUGAGGCUGAAGGGCGUGGAGUACGAGCUGCUGCAGGAGACGAUGGGGAAGAAGAGCGAGCUGCUGCUGGCGUCCAACCCGGUGCACAAGAAGAUCCCCGUGCUGCUCCACCGCGGCAAGCCCAUCUCCGAGUCCCUCGUCAUCGUGCAGUACGUCGACGAGGUCUGGCCGCCGCCCGCCUCCAUACUCCCCCGCGACGACCCCUACGCCGCCGCCAUCCACCGCUUCUGGGGACAGUACAUCGACGACAUGGUUUCCACUCUUGCUUCGAUGCAGUUUCCUCCAAGGAUUCGGAUAUUGAGAGGAACCGUCCCCGGAGACAAGGACGAAGCGUCCGACGAAAUGACAACCGCUCUGCUGUAUUUAGAGGAGGCAUUCGUCGAGUGCAGCAAAGGGAAGCAAUACUUCGGCGACGACAGCAUCGGCUACCUGGACAUCGCCCUCGGAUCGCACCUCGGAUGGAUCAGGGCGGUGGAGAGGAUCGCCGGCGUCGAGCUCCUCGGCGGCGCGAAGGUCCCCAACCUGGCUGCCUGGGCGGAUCGCUUCUGCGGGCACCCGGCCGUCGUGGACGUCAUGCCGGAUGUUGAUAUAUUGGUCGAGUUCACAGCUAAGCUGAUUUGAUGAGGGCUUUGUUAGCUUCCAAAUGAUCCGUGUCGAUAAUCCGAUGAAUAAUCUGUUUCGACGAAGGAGAUUCUUAAGUAUUAUGCAUUUUACCAACUGUAGUACUGUGGUCAUUAGUGAAAGCACGUUAAGAAAGUGAUUUGCUA